CAAGAUGAACUGGUGGAAAAAGAAGAAUAAACUUAUCAAACAUUAGUCGAGAGAAAUAUUGAUGCCUAGAUUUUCAAUUUAUUAUAGUAAAAAAAAUCGACGAAGAAUUGAAUGAAAAAACAUUGAAAUGUUUUGUCAUCAACAAUUGGAAAGAUAAAAUUUAUUUGAAAAUCGAAUACACAUUUUGAACGCUGUGCUUUUCGUGGACUUGAAUAUUAAUUUGAUUCAACCAGAAGCAAUCACAUAAAAAUGACAAAAAAAGAUCCCAGAGGUACAAUAGAACUCGGCGACGUAACACCGCAUAACAUAAAACAACUUAAAAAAUUGAACACGGUGGUUUUUCCUGUGAUUUACAAUGACAAAUUUUAUAUCGAUGUGUUGGAUGCGGGAGAAUUAGCAAAAUUGGCUUACUACAAUGACAUUGUAGUUGGAGCUGUUUGUUGUCGCAUCGAUACAUCGGAAAAUCAACGACGUCUUUAUAUUAUGACAUUAGGUUGCCUAUCUCCAUACCGUCGUCUUGGGAUUGGUUCUGUUAUGGUCAACCACAUUCUUAACUAUGUGAAGGAAGAUGGAAAUUUCGAUAGUAUAUUCCUACAUGUCCAAGUAAACAACGAAUGUGCCAUAGAAUUCUAUCAAAAAUUUGGCUUUGAAAUUGUUGAAACACGAGAACAAUACUACAAACGAAUUGAACCAGCUGGUGCACAUGUUCUUGAAAAGAAUCUGCGAAAAUCAUCGGGAUUCGCCGUCAAUUCAGAUACUACUAGUGUUGCUGACUUACCGAAUGGCAACACUGAAUUACACACCUCUCAAACCAAAUCAACUAAAGCAUCUGCAUAAUAUCCGCAUUCAAAUACACAUCGCCAACACUUUAAUUUAAUUUCGUUAAAUAAAACUGCAAUCAAUUAUGUACUAUUUUUUCUGGUAAAAUUAAAGUGACUGAAAAUUA